CUGCCCCAGUUAACCACCCCAUCCUCUUCGUGGACGCACAAGCCAUAUACUUGCCACAAUGACAACCUUAGUCACAGGCGGAGGCAGCAAAGUCGGUUCUCAUCUUGCGCGCUUGCUCAAGGACGCAGGCCGCGAAGUCAUCUUCGGCUCCCGCUCAGGGCGGGUCCCAGCCGGAUUCCCCUCAAUCCAGCUCGACUGGGACGACCCGUCGACAUUCACAAACCCCUUCACAUCGUCCAAUCUGAAGAAACCAAUUACCUCGGUCUACCUCAUGGCACCUAUUACCGACUUGCACGCAGCACCCAAGAUCAUCCCCUUCGUCGAGACGGCUAAGCAGCAUGGAGUGAAGAGGUUCGUAUACCUCAGUGCUACCAUUGCUGAUCGCCACAAUGACUCGGGUGGACUGGGAGAGUUGCCCGGGUACUUUGAAGACAACGGAUUCGAUUACGUGGCUUUGAGGCCGACCUGGUUCCAAGAUAACCUAGAGACGGAUUACGCCGAAGAGGUCCGCACAAAGGACACACUCACUAACGCAAUCACAACCGGGCGUGUUCCCUUCGUCUCAACCGAAGAUGUGGCCCGCGUCGCAUUCGAAGCUAUCGUGAACGAGAAGAUCCCAUUCGCUCGACGAGACCCAUUCAUCAUCGGACCUGACCUGUACAGCUUCUCCGAUAUCGCUGAACUCCUUAGUUCCAUCCUUGGCCGGCCAAUUGAAGCAAACAUCGUCACUUGGAAAGAGAUGAAAGACUUCUACAUCCAACUCUACGGUGAAGAGUACAUGGAAUGCAUCGAGUGGUUAUGGAAUCUCGACAAGGGCAUUCAGGCUGGCUCCGAAGAGCACAGGCACCUCGAUCCAGUGGUGUACAUUGGGAAGACCAGUCUGAGGGAGUGGGUUACCAAGAGGAAGCACAUAUUCGAGAAGGUGUAGCUUUACUCGAGAAUUUAUAACACCUAUCCAUCCUGCC